AUACGCUAUCAGACCCGUGACCCCAUCAUGAUACGGGCACUCUUUCUAUUCUUCUCUAUUGUAACUGUUCUCUGUGAUAACCAAUAUGCAGAAAAAAGACAGAAAAUUAUUGAAGACGAACGCCGAAUCUCUCUUGGAGGAAACAUCAAAUUAACUGACAAAGAAGAAGCUGUGAACAAGUGCAUCAUGAAGUAUAAGCACAGCGAACUCGAUUUUGCAUUUGAUAAUCCACAGUUUUUUAACUUCAGCCAUCAUUAUUUCUUAUAUAAAGAAUUUAUACCUAAUUCAAAAGUUUUUAAGAUCAUUAAAAACAUGCCAAAAGGAGCGGUGUUGCAUGUUCACGACAUGGGAAUUUUGGGUCCAGAUUACCUCUUGAAUGUCACUUAUAUGGACAACCUUUAUGUUUGUUUCCAAACGAACGGGCCACAAUUUAGAUUCGCUUACAAAACUCCAAGCAUCGCUUGCUCAGGCCAAUGGCAGUUAAUGAGUGAAGCGAGAAGACGCUCCAGGAAUAUUAGAGAUUUUGACGCUAGACUGAGGAAGUAUUUUACACUGGUCGUAGGCGAUCCUGACACCGUGUACCCUAGUAUAACAGAGAGUUGGACUGUAUUUAUGGACUAUUUCGUCACGGUAGCUCCGCUGCUUUCUUAUAGACCUGUGUGGGAACAAUACUUCUACGACACUCUGCUUAAAUUAAAAAACGAGAAUAUUAUGUACGUAGAAGUAAGAAGUGUUUUACCAAUACUUUACGAACUUGAUGGCACUGAAUACGACCAAACAGUAACAGCUAAAGCGUAUAAAAAAGCGACAACAAAAUUUGUUAACGAUUACCCUGAAUUUGUCGGAGCUAAACUUAUAUAUGCACCACCUAGAAAAGUUGACAAAGCCACGCUUACUAACUAUCUCGAUACAGCAAGAAAAAUUAAAGAAGAUAUCCCUGAAUUUUUCGCAGGAUUCGACUUGGUAGGUCAAGAGGACCUUGGGAAACCUCUGAUCGAGUUUGCGCCUCAAUUGCUUGCUGCCGCUAGUGAAUUCAACUACUUCUUCCACGCUGGUGAAACGGAUUGGUACGGAUGCCACACGGAUGAUAACCUCAUCGACGCUAUACUAUUGGGAGCGAAGCGUAUAGGACACGCGUAUGCAUUACCCAAACAUCCCGUACUAAUGAGAGAAGUAGUGAACAAAGACAUCGGAUUAGAAGUGAACGUAAUAUCAAACGCUGUCUUGUCUCUGGUACGUGAUGUUAGAAAUCAUCCAUUGAACAUUUUCCUGGCUAAUGAUCUGCCAGUUGUACUAUCAAGCGAUGACCCUGGAGUGUGGGAAGCUGAUGCCAUUUCUGAUGAUUUUUACGUGGCGUUCGUGGGUAUUGCAAGUAAAACUGCCGACCUAAGAAUGCUGAAAGCGUUAGCUAUUAACUCCCUAAAAUAUAGUGUUUUAGACUCGAAAGGAAAAACAAACGCUUUAAAUAGAUUUAACUUGCAUUGGAAUCAGUUUAUAAAUAAUUUUAAUUGCUCGUCUUAUUGAUAUUACUUUAUAUUAUAAGGAGCUCAUUUUUUUGUCAAAGAAUUAAUUAAAAUAGGAUAUUUUAUAAACCACGAUAAUUUCUCGAAAUAUAAAAUACGAUGUUACAAAAGAAUCCCAGAUCGAUUUACUAUCCAUAUGAAUGAAUGAAAUUCCCUUUAUUGCUUAAAUAAGGCGAUGCGCGGGUGACCACAUCGAGUGCAAAUACGUCUAGGCAACCUUUAG